GCACGAUGUGUCAAGACUGUCAAGUAUGUGUGACAUGUUUCAGUUCUGGUAAAAAAUGUGUACUUGUGUUGUUUGAAAUUAUUUAAAUAUUGCAUUAUUGCAAAAAAUAGAAUAUAAAAAUAUAUAAAACUGCAAUUUCCAGCAACUUUCUUAUAGUAUUUAUACUGUCCAUAAGUUUUAAUUCAGAAUGGCAGCGUCGAAAGUUACCUUCAAAAUAACGUUAACUUCUGACCCUAAGCUACCAUUCAAAGUUUUAAGUGUACCAGAUGUAACUCCUUUUACUGCUGUGCUAAAAUUUGCUGCAGAGGAAUUCAAGGUCCCCUCUGCAACAUCUGCCAUCAUCACUGAUGAUGGUAUUGGGAUCAAUCCACAACAAAAUGCUGGAACUGUAUUUCUGAAACAUGGCUCAGAAUUGAGGCUCAUUCCAAGGGAUAGGGUAGGAUUCUGUUGUUGACUUCUUGUGUUGUAUACUUUAAAUUGAUUUAUUUUAUAUACAUUCAUUGCAAAUAUAUUUACAUUCUGAAAUUUUUA